AUGCUGCAGGCAGAAGUGAAGUGCAGUGCGUACACUGUGUACGCAUGACUAGACUCUGUUUAGGAUAGUUUAGUCGUGGGACCGGACAAUCAGGAGAGAGGUAGAUAUUGCUUAAAAUAACUCUUCCUGACCUGUAAACAAUUAAAUUCAAGAUGUCACUAGGUCAAGCUGGUCAGCAACAGAGGGCGCUCACUCAAAGCAAAGACACUCAACUCAAGUCAUACAAGCGAAGACUCAAAGAGGACGUAUCAUCCAUACUCGACAACUUCACAGAGGUCCUGAAGCUGGCAAAGGUGGAGGAUGAAACUCAAGUGGCUAGACAAGCUCAAGGAGAACAGGACCAAACAGAAAUGCAAGUCAGAGCAGGAAAUAUUGUUCGAGCAGGAGAGUCUCUCAUAUCCUUGGUAGCAGACAUCAAACAGUUCCUGAUCUUGAACGACUUUCCUUUGGCCAAUGAGAACAUUGAAAAGAGGGCUCGUUUCUUGGGCAACGUCCAGAACAAUGUGGACUCGAAGAUAGUGCAGCUGCGUGACGAACUCUCCAAUGAUCUUUACGAGAUAGAGGAAGAGUACUACUCAUCGAGAUAUAAAUGAUAUUGAGUGACGAUGAUGAUGGGACUCCAAAGACAAUGUUAACUUUAUAUAAUGGACUGAUGUUUAUCAGCCAUCCUUAGUAAUAUUAUGGCUGAGACCCAAGGUCCAAGGACCCCAAUACCGAAAGAGGAAAACUUCAAAUUAAAAUCCAUUCUUGAAGUUUUGUGGGUUGAGAAAGAGACAGAGGCAUUGAAAUAAAACAGUCUUGACUACCGGUAAAUAUCACUGUCUGCCCUGCACACACAUUCGUCGUAGUCAUGGUCGUAUGCGUCAUGUCUGACCCUUUGAGAUGAUGGUUACUGCAGAGUGACAGACCUGUUAAAGGUAAAGACCAGUUUUGGAAACGCCCCCCUCUCUAAAUUUGAAAUGGAAGCUCUUAUUACCAAUCAUAUGAAAGAAUAUGUUUUGACUGAUACGGGAUGACACAAAUUUUGC